AUGGAACCAUCUGUAGCGCACCAGCGUGCAUUUGGAAAUGCAACACAAAAGCCUUCGCUUGUUCAGAUGUUUGCAAAAGAAUUCGGAUCAUGUCCAAUGGGCCAAAUACCCAUUCACCAUGCCUCAAAACACAACUACAAUCUUGGAACGAAUGAGUUUAUUAUGAAGAAAGAAGCCGGGUAUACAAAGAAAUUUGCUACUCCACAGACAUUAAGCGGCAUAGAAACACAUCAGCAUGCUGCUCUGUAUACUACGGGAAGCUUUCUAGGAUUCUCCACAACCAUCAACGUAUGGCAACCGUACGUGGAGAAGGCCUCCGAGUUUAGCUUAUCACAACUCUGGCUUAUAUCAUCCAGAACAAGUCGAGGAACUCCACGAAACACUAUUGAGGCCGGAUGGCAAGUGUACCCAGCUCUAUACGGUGGAUACCAACCAAGACUUUUCGUCUAUUGGACGGCGGAUGGGUACAACAAAACUGGAUGCUACAACUUGAAAUGCCCUGGAUUUGUCCAAGUAAGCAACACAAUCGUCCUGGAGGGAGUAUUAGCUCAAUCCACGUCCGGAUCUUCUCAACAAGAACUAGAGUUUCUCGUGUUCCAGUUUCGACUUGGUGCCACCGAAGUUGCAAGUGGCGGUGAGAUUUACUACGACAAAACUGUGAAGCAAGAUUUUAAACUGUACGAUGCCACGAGCCUGGGGCAAUGGAUUGUAGCAGCUCCUGGAUGCUACAACGUUGGAGAUCCAACUUACAACGAUACGAACUGGGCAACUUUCUUCUUCUUUGGAGGGCCUGGAUACAAUCCAGCAAGUUGCCCAUGA